ACUGCUCCUGUUCUGUACCAACAAGGGCAGCACCGACGACCGCGCUACAGCCUGCUCUGCUACACCUAUACCUUGUUUCUGUCUCUCUACGGGCCUUGCAUUAGCUUACACGGCCCCCCUGUUGUCACUCCGCAUCUUAGUUCUUAUAUCUAUUCACCCAACUUUGCGCUUGAUAUCUUUGUUUAAUGCCCUCACGAAAUAACCGCAAUGCAGCAAGAAGAAAUAAUAACGCACGUAUUUAUGCCUCGCCGGCUCAAUCCGAGUCAGUCGAGGUCGACUCGACGUUCUUAUUGCCGCCCGAGAACGUGCAGCAGCCGGUCGACGAUCCGCCAGGCCAUGGCGAGCAGAUUUACGACUUUGGAGACGAUGUAGAGCGCGACGGAGUGGGCGGGCUCAUCCAGUUUGACGCGGAGGAGGAUACUCAGCCGGUCUCGCAUGCUAAAGAGGAGUCAUCCGCGCCUUCCCCGCUCUCCCUCGAGCCGACAUCACCGUUACCUGGGGCGCGUCAAGCACCUUCGCGUGUAGCGCCCGAGUCGGGAGGACGGUCUGAUGUAGGACAUACCAGAGCCCCAGUUAUGGCGCGCGAACCGACUAUGCUUGAAGCGUUUUCGCGUACUAUGCGCAACUACGUCCCGUCGUCUAUCCCGGUGCCCUCUGCCGCCCCGUCCCCGCCUCGUGUUUCCCGACCGGUCUCGUUUGGUAGCUUCAUGUCGUCCUCGCCGGCUUUCAGUCCGACUUCCGCUCCGAGCGAGAAACGGAGGGGGAGCGCCACAGGCCCGCGUGAUCCGCAUCUGGUUUCGACGGCAGGUCGUGGGCAGUCGGACUCCCCUAGAUAUGAUCCUGUGAUCUUGGACUCGGGCGAUGAGGAUCAGGAACUCGGAAGAACGGUCACAUAUCCCGGUCUCAAAGACGAAGAGGAUAUUGUAUGGGCGGGCUGGGAUACCCUGCAAGUGGAUCCCUUCGAGAAGUCCCGUCGCGUCCUCCUGCUGGGUUAUCGGACGGGUUUACAGAUUUGGGACUGCACGAGUCUCGCGUCCGUUACGGAGAUUCUGAAUAUUCGCGACCCAGCUGUAGGCCGAGUUGUACACGCCGGCGUCCUGCCUACGCCCCCGAAGACGGACGACGACGCCUUCGCUACUGCAAGGCCUCUCGUCGGUAUAAUUCAUCUCAACGGCGACGACUCGGAUUAUCUCGUUUAUUCGUUACGCACUCAUUCCGUGUUCAAGCAACUGUCUUUACCGGGCGCUAUAUCUUUUUCAGCCACCAGCAAGCUUGUCGUAGUGGCCACGACCGCGCCGCCGGCGCUCCACGUCCUCACAUCUUCACUUGCAACAUUAUUGACGAUUCCUUCAUCCUCGCUUACACCUCUCGUACCUCAUUCAUAUUCUCCACCUCCUCCGGAUGCAAGGACUGUAUUACCACAAGACAUAGAAAUCAGCGACAAUCAAUACCUCUCACUUAGUUCACGACCCCGUCCCAUAUUCGCUCUUUCAGGCCGCCUGCUCGCUUUCGCGUCUACUCCUCCUUCGCCCGAAGCCUUGCCUUCAGUGUCUUCUCCAGAGCCGCAAUCGGUGCCAUCCUCCGACCGCGCGUCGCUUCCGUUCGGAAUCUCGCAGUCCGACUUUGGUAACGCCGCUGUGAAAGUAGGCGGUAGUGUCCUCAGCGGUAUGAAAUCCCUGGGCGGAUUGGCAUACGCCGCUGCUCGCUCUCGCCUUGCAGGACCCCAGGACCGUUUGGACGAGGAGAACAGCCUUGAGGCCGACGCUCCGACUGCAGUAGCCGGACUUACCAACAUCUUUUUCUCGAAGAGCGCGCCAGCAGCUACGGGCGGCCAUCAUCGCAGCUCUUCCGUCUCGUCGGUCGCCACCGCUGCUCUAGAGCGGGCGAGCGGCGUUCGUAAUGUUUUAUCCGGGUCUGUGUUUAAUGUGAAAUCUACGUCGGACACAUCGUUGUCGUCCAAGGGACAGUACGUCACUGUUCUGGACGUUGCACCUCUCCUGGUUUCGCGGCCCUCUCAGCUGGUGUCCCGGUUCCUCGCGUUGAAGGAGCAACCAGUAUAUACUAUAGGCUUCUCGUCGGACGGCACUUCCCUCGUCGUCACGCCGAAGGAUGGUCAGGUCGCGAAAGUAUUCGCGCUCAAACCUGGACUCAGAUCGUUACGCCAUUCAUAUCGGGCGCAAUUGGGCGAAGACAAUAUGGUUGCCACUGGAGGUCCACCUGCCUCCGAUGUACGGCCUGUAGCGGCCGGCGCACCUUGGCACGUAUACGACUUGCGUCGAGGUCGUACGUCUGCCGUGAUCGAGAGCGUCGACUGCGCUCGCGAUGGACGAUGGAUCGCUCUUGGCUCACGGAAGCGUACGCUGCACGUUUUUGCGGUGAAUCCAUACGGCGGGAAGCCGGAUUUACGCAGUCACAUGGAAGGUAAAGUACGAGAUCAUCCCGAGUUGCAGCCCUUGUCCACGGCCGUUACUCCCAUUACUCGUUUUCGGUUCAGGGCACGACGAUCCCGACUCCCAGUGCCCCUCGCCUUUACGUUCAUUCAAUCGAGGGACUUUUGUGUACCGACAAACCUGCUUCCUGCUCCAUUGUCCUAUCCAUCUUCUCCCCAAUCGUUGUCGGUUCAGUCGUCACCGGCCGGCGCUUUGAAACCCUUGUCUCCGGUCCCAACUCUGCAUCGACCUGCGAAUUUCCAAGAUUUGCUAGUGCUAGACCCUGACGAUGGGACCUUGUCCCUAAGGAGGCUGACUGUCGAAGAACAAUACGAUCAAGGUUUGGCUGUACCGGGCUCUAUCCCUAUCGUGGGCGGUGUGAGUGUGUCUCUCCCGGUCGGAAGCCCUCCGAAUCGCAUGGGCACGUCGCCGUCCAAUCGCAGUGAUCACUCGAGCCCGAGGUCUUCCGGGCUGACUCAAGUUAUGGAGAAGUCCGAAUUGGGUGCCAAAGACACCAUCGUCGCGACUUGGAAUCUGCGUCGGAGCCGAGGGUGGCAAGAGGUCAAACACACUCUGGCAGCGACUCAUGCGCGGCCUGUUUCUGUCAGUGCCCGCAAGGACUGGCUGGCCCAUGCUGAGCUCUCUACUUUCUCCCGCUCGAAGAAUGUGGUGCCAAGAGUUAUCUAUCUGUCGCAUCAAAUUGCCUUCCAUGCGUUCGGCGAGGACUAUCAUGCCCUCAUCCGGCGUUAUCAGUUUGACGUGCCGGUCUCAAAGAUCGAGGUGCGUCGAGAGGUGCAGGCGAGCGCAUAUUCGACUGGACUGGGUGGGGAGACGUUCGUCCAGGGUGCACAUGUCGCCGCCGAUAUUCGGGCGCCUGCGUCGUCUUUCGAUGAACCCAUUGCCUCCGCCAUUUCAGCUGAUUUCGACUAUCAUUACCCUUCUCCACCUGUGAUUCCGAUGUUUCCGAACGGCAAUCCGGGAGCUCGUUCUUCGGCUAUGAAAGCGAUACCCAUACGGUCAGUCACGUCUGGGAUUAGCGAUGGCAUGAAUGAGAGUCUAGGAAGGAUUCGACGGGAACUCGGGAAAGUUCGGUCGCCCAAGGCAAAGCGUCGAAGCCCUCGAGUGGACGCUGCGUUGUCGUCCCCCGUUCCUCUGGAGUUCGACGAGGAAGACGAAGACUUCCUAUUGCCUGCGAGGCAAAGGGAAGACCACGAGUCGAUCUCACGUAGCGGCUCUGGUGCUUCGGCAUCGAUAUCAACGCCGUCAACCCAUGCGCAACUACUCGAUAAUGAGGACGUCGAGGUGUGGGAUGCGGAUGGCGGGUGGACAUCUGAGGAUAGACAAGCUGUUGACGAUGCGGAGAGAUUCGAUGACCUUGUCGUCGGCUUUAUGGACGAGGACCAAGUAAGUCCCGAGCCACAUAUUGUAGCUUCCUCUCCGUCAGGUAAGGGGAAACGAAAGUCUAAGCGGCGCGCGUGAUGAGAUGCGACGUGUGGCGAGGGAAGGACAGGCCGGCGGUAGUAUUCGUAGCAGUUGUACUCCUCCUGUAUACUACAGUAUGAUACAAUAGCACUGGUCAACGGAGAAAUCCCGCC